UCUUUGUCGUCCAUAGGCCCCAGCCGUCAGCCAGUCGCUUGUCGUUUGCCGUGUAUGUUUGUUGGUCGUCGUUUGUGUGAAUUCUACGCGAGUUCUCGUUCGUCGGGACAAUUAAACUUGACAAUAAUAAUUAUAAAUGUGUUUAUAAAAAGCCGCAUAAACUGGUAAAAAUUUGGAUUUUUGAAAAAUAAAUUUACUAGUAAAAAAAAAAUGUAUACGUUAUAUUAAUUUUAAUAACUUCGCGUUUGUGACCACGAAAAAUGGCACGCGAAUAUUUGUGCCGUCGUGGGCGGCAGCGAACAGCGCUAUGAUACGACGACGUUCACUCGGCCCAGGUAUUGGUCCAACGGAUUGCGAAAACAUGCGAUCGCGUAAAAAACCCGUAGUCGCGUUAUAGCCAAGAAACGAUGAAGGGCACGUAAAACGGCCGUCGUCCGUCGGUACACCGAAUACACGGGACAUGAGGCCGUCGUCGUCCACGGCCACAGUCGGAGUUGUGGUCGUCAUCUUGGCCGCGUUGAAGUUUCAUGGGACAUGCUCUACACCCGUGCUCCAGCCAGGCAAACUGCCGGCACUCAACCAUUUCAUAAAGCACUACACGCCGGCCGAAUACGACCGGGACAGUUUGAGGGAACAGCACCGGAGGAUGCGCAGGGAAGCGCGCCAACAAUCGCCAGUACAGCCGUUGCGACUCACCAUCUCGACCCCGCAUAGGACGUUCAAAAUUCUGCUGACGCCAGACGACAAACUGUUUGCUGAUGAUGUGGUGUUCGAAGGUGCCGGAGAUCGGCCAAUACCGUUUGACCCGGGCAAAGCUUAUACUGGAUACUUGGAAGACGAUGAGAGAACCAGCGUGAAGGGAGUAGUUACUGCGGACGGGUUGUUCGACGGCACGAUCAGCACGUCCACCGAAGAGUACUUUGUGGAACCGUCGUCGCGGUUCGUCGAUCACGGCCCCGUUUUGCCGUAUCACAGCAUCGUGUACCGAAUGUCGGACGUGGCGCGACCCAAAUCGACCGGGUGUCGUUCGGAGGAGCUGCACAAACUCCGCCGGCGGAGACGUCGGUCCGUCGACGACGGUUUCGACUAUAUGGACGACGGGUCCGUCGAAAACAACGUUGCCGGCGCCGACCGUUUGGUCAACCAGACCUACGACACAGAGGGCGUGAUCCUGAUCAGAUCGCCAAAUGGCACCAUCGUCAACCGGAGUCGGCAGUCGUCCACGAGCAGCAGCAAGACUUCGGCGCCCAAACCCAACUGGUACGACCCGACUGACCAACGAAAGGUGUUGGUCGCUGUGGCCGGAGACGAGGCCAGCAGCAAUCUGGUGGUGGACGACGGUAGCUACGACCCGUUCGAGACCAGGAAGAAAGGCCUAAGUCCGUUCGUGGACAAUCGCAAGACGACAUGCAUGCUUUACUUGCAAGCCGACCAUCUGUUUUUCGAGAAGUAUGGCAGGGAAGAGACGUGCAUAGAAGUCAUGACAAGACACGUGCAGAGGGUGAACGCCAUCUACAGAAACACCGACUUUAAUCAAGAUGGCAGCCCAGACAACAUAAGCUUUAUGAUUAAGAGGGUAAAAGUUCACUCCAACCCGGAUCCUUCAUACAAGUUCAUGGGAAAUUACGGCGUGGAGAAGUUUUUGGAAAUUUUUUCCGAAGAAGACUAUGACGCGUUUUGUCUGGCCUACAUGUUCACUUAUAGAGACUUUGAAAUGGGCACUCUGGGGUUGGCGUGGACUGGUGACUUAAAAAACGCCGGUGGAGUGUGCGAAAAAAAUGGCCAUUACCGAGGCAGUCUAAAAAGUCUAAACACCGGCAUAGUGACGCUUUUGAACUACGGCAAACACGUGCCUUCCGCCGUAUCCCACGUCACUCUGGCACACGAAAUCGGCCACAACUUUGGCUCUCCGCACGAUCCAGAAAUCUGUACGCCCGGCGGCGAUGACGGCAAUUACAUCAUGUUUGCCCGGGCCACCUCGGGUGACAAGAAGAACAACAACCGUUUCUCGCCUUGCAGCUUGUCCGCCAUCAACCCCGUGUUGAACGUAAAAGCCAGAAGCACUAGGGGAUGUUUCACCGAACCUCAAACAUCGAUUUGUGGCAACGGUGUGGUGGAACCAGGAGAAGAAUGCGAUUGCGGUUGGGAAGAAGAUUGCAAGGACGCUUGCUGUUUCCCUCAGAGGAGGUAUUCGCCACCAGAAGAACCACCUUGUCGUCUGACGCCCAACAGUGUGUGCAGUCCUUCCCAAGGACCUUGUUGUACCAACGAGUGCCACUUGAAAACUGGAGAUCUGUGUCGUAACGACAACGGUUGCAGAGACGCCAGUUUCUGCAAUGGGCGAGCUCCCACUUGUCCCCCGUCCAUUAACAAGCCUAACAAGACAGUGUGCAACGAAGAAUUCGUCUGUUACAUGGGAGAAUGCACCGGUUCUAUUUGUCUGGCUUACGGUCUAGAAUCCUGCCAGUGUAUACCUAGUCCAAAAGACUCUCCGACCAAGGCGUGCGAGUUGUGCUGUAAGCUCCCCGGAGAAAACCAACCUUGCUUAUCUUCUUAUUCUUGGAACAAUGUGCCAUACGAUAUACCCGACAUGUAUUCUAAACCAGGGACACCGUGCAACGACUAUAACGGCUACUGUGAUGUCUUCCAACGAUGCAGAGAGGUGGAUCCUUCAGGACCUUUGGCAACUCUACGUAAACUCCUGCUAUCCGAAGAAAGUAUUGCUUCAUUUAAGAAAUGGGCUGUCGACCAUUGGUACUACUCCAGUCUGAUCGCGGGUACUUUUUUACUAAUGCUGGUUUUGAGUACUCGUUUGUUUGGGAAAAAAUCGGAUCCAAAAUUAAAAUCAGUGACCAUCAUCCAUAGCUCGACCACGGAGACGGUGCGGCUGCCCGCGGACGGUGACGGCCAGAACGUGACAGUCCAUCCGGCAGCGGUGCGAUCUAAGCUGCCUUUGAACAAACGUGUGAGGGAGAAGCGGAACGUCAACAACAACAACAGUCCGGCCAAGAAGAGCCGGAAAAAAAUAGGAGGAACCGAAGAAGGGUCGCCCGCGGAGACGUGUUCGCCGAGAAAAGUAGGUCAAGGUCAAAUUCAAAAGAACAACGAUCGUAAACUCAGAAAGAAGAAGGUCAAAGGCGUCAUAGACUACAGCGUUGCGCAGAACCAAGUGGCGUCGUCGGCGGUGGUUAACAAGAAACCCCAAGAAGACGACCCGCUGGGCAAAGUGCGAAAUUGGCUGUUGAACUCGCAUCACAUCGAAGCGUUGGGCACGUUGAGAAAAUCCAAAUCGUCGCCGGCCGGUUUCGCCAAUCCUCCGGAACCGCCCAAAUCCGCUGCAAACAAAACUGCUCAACAGAAACCCAAAGACAAUCAGGUGAGCCUGCAGGUGGUGUACAAACCGCCGUUCAAGUUCAGCGUUAAGUUAAGCAAGUCCAAACCGGACUUGACCAAAGACAAGCGGCCGGACCGAACUAAACAGCGUGCCGCUCUGUUGAUCCGAGCUAACCGCGCGCAUGGCGGCGGUGUCUCCAAACACGCGAAGAAGGCGGCCAGCAGGCCGGCGCAAGAGCCGAAAAACUCUGUCGCCCCCAAACCGACGACGGAGGAACCCAUUUACGAAAACGCCGCCGUCGAUUUGCUGCGAAUGUCGUCCACGGAACACGACGGACACCAACCGAUAUUCCCGGUGGCUGCAUCGCCCCCUAACAAGCAGCGCAAGUCAUACGCCGGUGUGGACGCCAAACCGGACGAGACCAAAUCGAAAAGGAACAGCGUUCCACAGCAGUUUUUGCAGCCUAGCUCCUCGGGCAGUGGCAGUAACAACCUCAUGCGAUUCCCGUCCACUGAAAACAAAGGACAACAACAACAUCUCACACACGCGAACGUAAACAAAACGGAAGACAAUGGAAAAUCAUGAUACUCGACUAUCCACUAAUUAACUAUAACCCUUAAAACCUGUAUAUUAUAGAAUAUUAUUAACUAUAUUUCACAGUGCCUCAAUACACAUAUGAAUUAUAAUCCGUCUAGUACAUCUUGAGCCCGGCAGUCGUUACGUUUACAUGGCCGUCCGUAUUCAAGAUUUACUGGACGGGUUAUACCUAGUGGUUAAAAACUUAAUGUAAUGUUUGAUUGAAGCGGAGUGACUACGAUUAUAUUAAUAAUAAGUUUUUCUCUUUGAAGCCGUAUUUGAUCUCAAUCGAACGUUUUUCCUUAUUUGUUAUAUACUUACUACUUCUCUAGGGCCCUUUUUUCAAACAUUACAUACGAAAUAGGUUGUUGCGCUUGAUUUGUAUUUAAAAUUUGUUUAGACUUCAACGUUAUUGACCGAUAAUAUAAUGUACUGUGAGUAUUCGAAAAUGUACAACCAAUCCAUAUAAACUCAAAUCCAUAUAUUUCUGGUAUAUAUGGUUAAUGAACAAUCGCGUACAUAAAUAACAUAAAACAGUGUACCUGAUUAAAUUUGGUUCGACGUCGUCGAUACGUAAAAAAACCUUCCAAACGCCAAAAACAAACGUCUGAUCAAUUAUUACUAUUAUUUUUAAUAGCGACUGAAAUCUGAAUCUUAAUGAUUUCUAUUUGUUCUACCUUCUAUUUUUAGUCAUUUUAUGUUCAACUUUUUACAAUUAUAUUUAAAACGGUAAAGAUUAACAAAUAUUAUCGCCGUCAUCACAUUAUUAUUUGCUUCAGUAGCUGUACUCAGGUCGUUUCUUUUGUAAUUUAAUCAAACGACCGUGUACUAUACUCUGUCAACCUCUUUUUUUUUUAUUUGAUCUGUGUACAGUCAUUUUGACACGGACCACAACGAGGAGUGUAUGGAUAUUGACAAAUGCGUUUUCCCUUUUUUCCGUCCCGUUAACUUACCAGUACAAUAAACUGCAUUCGAUAUAUUAUGGAAAAAAGUAUGAAACAAUAUAAUCAUCAUAAAACUACAUAGGUCCUCUUCGUAUUUUUGAUAAAUCUACUGUAAUAAAAUAACAUUGUAUUUCGUUUUUAUCGGCUCAAAUAUUUUGUCUUGUUUGCGCAUUCAAAGAGUGAAUUGAUCAAAACAGUAUAUUAUUGAACAGUCGCGAGUCGUCCAAUAGUAAUUAAUUGUAUGAUAAUUAUCAAAUUUCUAAUGAAAUUGUGUGACGAAGAAAACAGUUGACAAUUAUUUGAUUUCGGUGUACCUAUAUUAUAAAAUAGAGGCGUAUAUAUUUGUUUUUAUUAGAUCUCUGUUUUUAUUUUUUAUAUUAAGUUUUAACUCGUGUGGGAGCAAUAUUUUGUAAUUUUUUAACAAAGCUCUUGCCCCUCAUAACUGGAACAAACCUCGCCUAUUUUAUUUCAUAUUAUUAUUAUUAAUAUUAUUGUAAAGUAUUCUAUAAUCGUAUAGAACACUGUAUGUAAAUAAUAUAUGUUUUAUACAUAUACAUUAUGUAUAUUAAAUCUAUGAUUAGGGUAAAUAUAAAUUUUCAGUAACUCGUUUGUACGGAAACCACGUCCAUUUUCAUAACGUUUUCUAGUACUAAAUAAAAAUCAGUAUUUCAGGACUAUAUGUUUGAUGGGUUUAACUGGCUUUUCAGUACACCGUGACUUAUCUGUAUAUUAAUAUUAUUAUCUGUCUAUUGGCUAUUUAUAUUUUUCGAAUAUUAUUUACUUACUUAAUUUCUUAGACGUUGAUAAUAUUUUUUAGAACUUCAAAAAUUAAAGAUACGUUAAAAUGUACUUCCAUUAAAAAAGUAUUGGCCAAAAUUUAAUUAUUAUAGUAUAUAUCUAAUCUUACCCUUAUUAUUAUUUUUUAAUUUAGUUCUACUUACAUUUUUUGUCUAUAGACAUAAUAAAAAAUAAUAUUAUGUUCAUGUAUAUUAUUUUAGCGAACACGCCCGCUUACAUAUUGUCAAAAUUAUUACAAUUACAAUUAUACAGUAUUAAUUACAAUUAUAAUAUUUUAGUUUACAAAACAAAGGCUGUGUUUAACUACCUAUUUAUCUAAUAACUUUUACAUGUUUAACUCUAUAUUGUAAACAGGAAGAUUCACAUAAACCCUAUGAACCAGUUUACCAAUUAUAUAUAAAUUAUGUUAAUGUCUCGCUGUGAAUCUUCAUAAUAUAUAUAAUUUUUUUUCGAUAAUGUAUAAGACAAUAGAGUUAUGAUUUUAACAACAAUCAGUGUGUAUUGAUAUUUAACACAACUUCUAUCUCUUUUCAGUUUAAAUAUAAAUCAGCUCAAUAUGUAACUUAUAAUGGUAUUUUAUUUUUCUCCCAUUUAGUAAUUUUUCAAGUUUGACAAAAUAAAAAUUGUAUUGCUUACCACAGUACUUAAACUUUUUAUUCUACAUCUGGUUCUUAAUAUAAUAUAUUAUGUAUUAUAAAUUAUGAUAUAAAAUAAGUCGUGAACAUUACAUAUAUAACAUAGUAUGUAUAAUUUAUUUUGUUUGUAAAUAUUUUUUGAAGAAUGAUAAAAACUAAGAGAGCGUUUGCGGUUAUUAUAAUCUGUAUGUAUAGGUAUCUAUUUGGUAGUUCUGACCGUUUCACAAUGUGAUCGUGUCCAAUUUUAAUCACUAACAUUCAAUUUUACUCGUCAAGUACCUACCAAGUAUUAUACAAGGAGCCCAUUUUUAAAAUUCUAAGAGACGGAGUGAUAUUUUUUUUUAAAAAAGGGGGAACAUGAACUAACUAAUCUAGUUGAAACCUAACGUUUAAUUCUAUAUACCACACUUUUGAAAGAUAUUUUUUUCUUAAAUUUCUACGUCAUGUACAUUGUAAAAUUACCAAUGGAAGCCCUUGUAAAUUCCUAAAGGUUCGUAGCUACUAUGUUUAUUAAUUUAUUUCCUGAUAGCUAACAAAUUGCUGUUACUUAUUCGGUUAAAACAACCGAGAGUGUGUGUAUGUUUGUGUAUAUAUAAUAAUAUUAUAAUAAUUCAUGUUUAAAUAUAUUUAGCCUAUGUGCAUUGCCUUUGUAUUUAUUUAUUAUUACAAUUUUUAUUUUUAUGGUUUUCAUUAUAGAUAAAUUAUACAUAAAAGCGAUAUUUUGUGUGAUCACGUGAGUUAAAAUUUUAGAUUUUUUUAAAUUAUAUUAUUAUAAUUACUAGUACUAACGAAUCAAUUUUAUUUUGCAUUUGACGCGUACCAAUUGUAUUGUGCAAUAUUGUGAUUUGUUAAUUUGUUUAUUGUACCUACAAUUAUUAUUUUUCAUUUAAUAAUGUUAUUUUAAGAUAUUUCAUACUAAACAAAAUGUGAUACCCUACUUAAUGCGAUUAUUUAUAUG